UAAAUGCCACUGUCUAGGAAAACUCCAACUCAGCUGGUAAACUACAAACAACACACUCUCUCUCUCUCUCUCUUAUCUCAAAUCCUCCCAGAUGAUUUUCAUCGUCUUCUCCCUCCUCUCCCAAACCCUACCUAAACCUCUUUAGCCUCCAUUUCUGAUCCUCUCUCUCAUAUUUUCUUUUUCGUUUUCUUGAACAAAAAGAAAAAUGGCGUCAACGCCGCCGCACUGCUCGAUCACGACGACUAAGCCUUAUCAGAACCACCAGUAUCCGCAAAAUCCGAUCAAGACCCACCGUAACCAGACCCGCCAGCCUCACCAUCGCAACAAUCAACCCCAAUACAGCCCUUGGACUCCCCAGAAAUUCACGCUUCCUACGCCUCCUCCCUUACCCCGCAAUCGACUCGAACCUGCUGCCGUCCCCUCCGCCGCUGCCGCUGCCGCUGUCACCGUCGCUACGUGUCCUCUUCCUCAGAGACCCACCAACUUUCCUUCCCUUUCCCCUCUUCCCUCCCCGCGAUCCGACCUCGCCCAAGAUUUCUCGGGUCGCCGCUCAACCCGGUUCUAUUCCAAAAUGCAUUUCGGGCGCCCGAAGACCACCUUGACCACCCGCCACUCCUCCGUCGCUGUGGAAGCUCUUCAACAGGUGAUCCACUUCGCUGGAGAUGAUUCUGGAAUUGAGAAUGUGCUGCUUAAUUUCGAGUCCAGACUUUCUGGCUCUGACGACUAUACUUUCCUUCUUCGCGAGCUGGGAAAUAGAGGUGAGUCUGCUAAAGCUGUACGUUGUUUCGAGUUUGCUGUUAAAAGAGAGAAGAAAAAGAACGAGCAAGGGAAACUAGCUAGCGCCAUGAUUAGUAUACUUGGUAGAUUGGGUAAAGUUCAACUUGCCAAGAGUAUUUUCGAGACGGCUUUGAAUGAGGGCUAUGGGAAUACCGUUUAUGCAUUCUCUGCUGUAAUUAGCGCGUAUGGAAGAAGUGGGUAUUGUGAUGAGGCUAUCUUGGUCUUUCAAUCAAUGAAGGAUUAUGGGCUGAAGCCAAAUCUGGUCACUUACAAUGCCGUGAUUGAUGCGUGUGGUAAAGGGGGUGUGGAGUUUAAACAUGUUGUAGAGACUUUCGAUGAUAUGUUGAGAAAUAAGGUCCAACCUGACAGGAUUACCUUCAAUUCCUUACUUGCUGUGUGUAGCAGAGGAGGGUUAUGGGAAGCAGCUAGAAAUUUGUUUAAUGAGAUGAUUAACAGAGGGAUUGAUCAGGAUAUUUUCACUUACAAUACACUUUUGGAUGCGGUUUGUAAAGGAGGGCAGAUGGAUUUGGCUUUUGAGAUUAUGGGGGAGAUGCCCGCCAAGAAUAUCUUACCUAAUGUUGUCACUUACAGUACCAUGGUUGAUGGGUAUGCUAAGGCUGGCAGAUUAGAGGACGCUCUUAGUUUGUUCAAUCAAAUGAAGUUUUUGGGCAUUGGUUUGGAUAGAGUAUCAUAUAAUACCUUGCUUUCAGUUUAUGCGAAGCUUGGUAAGUUUGAGGAGGCCUUGGAUGUUUGUAAGGAGAUGGAGAGUUCGGGUAUUAGGAAAGAUGUUGUAACGUAUAAUGCACUUUUGGGCGGAUAUGGGAAGCAAGGGAAAUAUAAUGAAGUUAGAAGAGUAUUUGCAGAGAUGAAAGCUGAAAAUAUUUUGCCCAAUUUGUUGACUUAUUCAACAUUGAUUGAUGUUUACUUUAAAGGAGGUCUAUAUAAGGAGGCAAUUGAGAUUUUUAGAGAGUUCAAGCAGGCAGGUCUAAAAGCCGAUGUUGUGCUUUAUAGUGCCAUAAUUGAUGCCUUGUGCAAGAAUGGGUUGGUGGAAUCUGCAGUAUCUCUGCUUGAUGAGAUGACAAGGGAGGGAAUUAGGCCUAAUGUAGUUACAUACAAUUCUAUAAUUGAUGCCUUUGGUCGGUCAGCAUCUCAAGAGUGUGUGAUUGAUGGCAGUGGCGAACCUAAUGGGUUAGUACACUCUUCUUUGGUGGUUGCCGAAAACAAUGAUAAAAGUAAGGUUGAGGAUAGAGAGCACAACCAAAUUAUAAAGAUUUUUCGGCAGCUAGCUGCUGAGAAAGGAGGUCAAGCUAGGAAGGAUAACAAAGGCAGAAAGGAAAUCUUAUGCAUUUUGGGAGUCUUCCAAAAGAUGCAUGAGCUGGAAAUCAAACCAAAUGUCGUCACAUUCUCAGCCAUUUUAAAUGCAUGCAGGUAUUUGCUUUAUGACUAAAUAUUUUUUAUGUUUAGGCAUUGUCUGGUGAUGAAUAUUGAAAUAUGUGGAUUCGGCCUGCCUUUCUUAGAGUUCUAUGUUAAGCCAAUUUCUUCUAAAAUUUUGAAGAUGACAGUACUCAGCACCACUGAUGUUCUUCAUAUAACUGACUUGUAUGACUGAUGUUAUUUGUUACUGUUAAAUGACAGGAUGGAAAUUAGAUGGUCUUUGGUAAUAAACAGUGUUUAGUUCCCUCUGCUAAUUCAGAAUUUAGGAUACACUUUUUCUCUUGUAUUUAGAGCGAAGGAGCAAUUGAUGAUCAAUUUUUCUUUGUUCCUUCCUUCACGGUGUGCGCAUGUCAGAGAAUUGUUGGGUAGGCAGUCUGCUGAACUACCAGAUGUGCCUUGUGAAAGAUUACAAAAUUUCUGGUUCAGGCUGACCUUUUUAUA